AUGCGCGGCGUCUGCCUCUUCGUCACGCGCCUCGCAAAGCCGCUGCACAAGGACGAGGCGACUCCGUCGUCCGCCUGGCCGCCGUAUGCGGAGUGGCCGUCGCUGCUGCGCGCCGACGGACUCGCUGCCCUCGAGUCUCCGCGCGCCCUCGCCUUUCACGGCGUCACGACCGGCCUGGCCUCCGUCGUCGUGUUUCUCCUCCUCGCCCUCCGCCUGCCCGCCGCCGCUCUGCCGCCCGCGCUGCUCGCCGCCGCCGCCGCCACGCUCGCCGCCAACGCGCCCGCGCGCCGACUCGCCGACGGCGCCACGUGCUGCACCCCGCCGCUGCCGGCCGAGGCGGCGCCCGGCAGCGGUCCGCCCGGCGGCGGUCCCGACACGAGCGCGCCGCGCCACCCUCUCUUCCUGUGCGGCGAGACGAGCCUGAGCUUCACGGCGUCGCCCGGGGCGCUGCGGACUUCCGGGCGGCGCGAGGCGGACGCGGCGAACGCCGACGGCGCGGAGGGCGAGGCGCGGCGGAAGGCGCAGCUGCGCGAGCGCGCGUGCCGCUCGAUGCUCGAGCGGCAUAUGGGCGCGGCGCGGCGCAGCCUCCCGCCCGCCGACCUCGGCGCAAUCUGGUGCCCCGAGAUCACAAUCUCGGAGGUGACGCGCCGGCCCGAGGUCGUGGCCCGCGUCUGCCAGCGCCAGCCGUGGUACCGCACCAAGUUCACGCGCGAGCACUCCUACAACCACACCGCGCGCACGUGGCAGACCUCGCGAGACGCGGCGCCGCGCACCGCCGGCGCCGUCUACCUCGUCCGCGCCACCGGCGCGGCGCUGCAGCUGCUGUUUGGCCUGCACGGCGCCACCGCGUACGUAGCGCCCACCCUUGCCGGCUGCGCGCUGGGCGCCCACAUCCACACGCGCGGCGGCGUCUCGUGGCGGCUGCUCGCCGCCGCAGCCGCGUGCAUCUCCGCCGCCGCGUGCGUCGGAGUCCGCGGUCUGUACCUGCUCCGGAAGAAGGCCGCCUCUCCGGGCGCCUUCCCGGAGCAAGUCGCGGAAGACGCGCUGGAGCGAGGCGCCUCGCAGGUGCGGCUGCUCUGGCUCGCUCCGGAGGCGGCGUGCCUCGUCGCCACUUUUGCCAUCAUCGAUUUGCCGAGCGCCCGAUCGCGACGGCACCGCGCGGUGUGGGAGGCGCAGACCCGCGCCUUCCGCCGCGUCGGGCAGAUGAGCCUCACCGUCUACGCGUGGAUGGAGCCGCUCGCACAGCUCGCUCGAAUCCCGCUCCAGCGCGCGUUGCACGCGCGCGGCAUGAGCGUCGAGCGCGCCAAGCGGCAGCAGCCGGCCGAGCAGGCGGCGCUGCUCGGCUUCAUCGUCGGCAACUACCUGCUCUGGAUCGGCGUGCUCGCGGCGUGGUCGCGAUUGCGAUUGUGGCGAGAUGUAGGCUCGUUCGAGUGGCUCAUCGAGCGGCUCGUCGCCUCGCGCUCACAGAUCGCCUCCAAGCGGGGUGGCGGCGGUGGCGGCGGUGGCGGCGGUGGCGGCGCGGCGGCGGCGGGAGGAGGAGGAGGAGAAGGGGGAGGAGGAGGAGAAGGAGAAGGCGGAGGAGGAAGAGGCGGCGGCGGCAUUGCGGGCGGCGAUCCGCCCCCGACGGGCGUGCUCUUCGAUGGCGGCUGGCUCGACUGGGCAGUGGUCUGGGCAGAGAUCCUUGGGAUCAUCUGGGUUCCGGCACUUGUCUUCCGGCUCGUCUUCACGGCGAUGGCGGCGGAGAUGGGCGACAUCUACCACCAGAUGAACUCGACCCACUUUUGGGUCUCCAACGUGACCGCCGACGACGAGCCCGCAAGCCACCGCAGGGGCCGGGACAAGCCGCCGCCGCCACAGCGGGCCAACCUCAACGCGCUGCUGCUCGGGCUCACCGUUGCCACCGUAAGCGCCGGGAUGCUCCUCGGCCUCGCUUCGCUGGCCGCGCGACGCUCGGUCGCUCGCCGCCCGCGAGAGAAGGCGGACUAG